CAUAUUGUAUCGAGAAACUUUCGUGUUGUGCUAUAUGCUUAAAGUCAAUCAGAAGCACUGUGAAACAAAACAAUUGUUUACGAGGAAAAGACCAAUUGUAUUUUAUUCGCUUUCAUAUUCUCGUUUGCAUGCAAUAAUGUCAGACAUAUGAAAACAAUGCAUAGAAAACGACCUACGAAUGAUAUUAACCUGUUAACAAAAUUCUCGGAGAUGCUAACCUACAUCCAGUAGAAAAUGAGUAACACUGGUAGCGCUUCGUGUUUUAUUCCGGAUCUCAAGUCAUCAUACUCCGAUGAAGAUAACACGUUGGUGCGAAAUUUGUCAGGAAUGAAUUUACCUGAGAAAAUUCUAUUCGUAAUCGAUACGACAAGGGAGAGAAAUUGUACUCCUUUUAAACUUUCUACAGGAGCUAGCUAUAUGCCUCUGUUUAUGAUAAAACGAACUAUUGAAAAUUUUAUUUACAUUAAAUCUAUCAUUCAACAUAGUCAUGAAUAUGCAUUAAUGAUUUUGAAUUCUCACAGCUCUCAAUGGAUAUGCGAUUUUACCAAUAACACCAACAGCAUUGUUAAUCACUUGAAUCUUAUUAAUGAUGAUCUUCUAGAAGAAGAUAAAAAAUCAUACGAUUUUGGACAAAUGUUUGAUGAAAUACAACAAAACUUACCUCUACCAACAAAAGAACAUGACACAGCUGUUCCAACAUUUGUUGUUAGAGUAAUUUUAGUGUAUUCACGCUCCAACAGUGUACCAAAAUUUCAUAUUGAUAAAAGACCUUUAGAUACUCUUACAAGAAAUCCAUAUUUUUUUAUAGAUGUAUUGUACGUACAUGAACCACCUUGCUCAGAAAAUUUAUGCGAAGAAGUUUAUUCUGAAAUAGCAAAAUUGGAUACAACAAAUUUUUCAUACAUAUUAGAGGUAGGAAGGAACGCAGCAAAAUUGCAUGACAGUAUGGCUAAACUACUGGCACAUCCCCUACAAAGGCCACCUCAAAAAGAUUGAUAAAAUUAAAAAAUGAUGUUAAAGUAGCUUACAUGUGAAUUUACACACAUACAUUUGUAAUACGUCGACUAUGUUUACACACAAACAAUUUUCAACAGAUUGUCACGCACGAAAUAUUACGUCAAGGGAUGAAUAAAAUAACAUUUUUUGAUUUAUCAUAAAUUUUAUAUCAAACUUUAUAAUCAUUUACAAAACAAUGUAACAUAACAUGAGAAUAUUCAUCAACCAUUCGCUCGCACGUAUUAUUAAAUGUAAAAACAAGAAGUAAGUUAGCUACAUACUUACUACAAGUAAUGUUUCUCUGCAAUUAACAGUAUUUAAUCUUUAAUAGAUAUGCUUAUAAUAUUUAUAUCACAGCGUAGAAAUACUCAAUAAAUAAAACUACUUACAAUUGAAAGUAGAUUGGAACACAAAUGGACGUUUCUCCUGUUUAACAUUUCCUUUUUGUUACGGUACUAAGUAAUAAAAUACGUAUAACGUAUUCAACUUCAUUUAAUAUCGCAGGUUGCAUUUAAUAAUACAGGUUGUCCUUUUUAACUGGAACCAGUGUGAUAUCAUAUAAAGAACUGAAGAUAUAUAUAUGAAUGUUGUUACAAAUCUUUGGUUUGAUUUGAAAGAGGAUUGAUUAUGUGUCAUAUAAAUAAAUAGCUUUUCUGUAAG